GUAGAGAUGUCAUGAUUGUUUCCUCUGUGAUUGUGACGAGUGCCUUUGCACUGACAUGCUGGGCCGUGGGAUCAUAUCCUUCAUUUUUCCAAGAUAUCAAUGCAGAUGUAGGGUUGAAGUUUUACGCUGAAAGGUUGCACCUCUUGGCAUUGAAAAUCAUUAAUCAUGCCAUGCCUUUCAACACAUUGAUCACAUAUGUCUAUUCUUUGGUGGGAUUUUACUGGGUGGUCCAUUGCGUGUUCGGCUUGAAGAAGUGUAAGCCAACUUAUCCUGUGUCGCCUGUUGGGCUGACUUACAUCUCAGCAUUUAGUCUCAUGUCACUGCUGUAUGGACCUAUUCAUCUCAUGAGGAUUGUGAAACAGAAACACACCUGGGCAGUCCUAGAUCAGUGGUUCACUUUGCCCUUCUUUGGAUUAGUCAUUCACUUUCUUCUCUCACGUACAAAUCCGAAAUUACAACUUGGUAAAAAGUCUCUGUUUGCUUCGGUUUCACUAUCUCACGCUUCCUAUGGUCUCGCCUUGCUCCAUCCACUCGGGUUUGAUUUGGCGCUGGCGAUUCACAUUUUAAUAAGUGCCAUACUUGGAUACUCGUUUUACAAUGCCAAAAAAGAACCAGAAAUCAGACUUCUGGUAGUCAAAACUGUACUCAGCUGCGCAGGGUUUGUGGUGCUAAAAUUAGCCGAUUUCUACUUGGCAGAAUUGCAUCUAAUUUUCGAAAUAUUUAGUGGACACUUUUUGUCUAAAGUAUGCGAUGUGAUGCAGAUUUACUACUCUCUUCUAAUUAUGGAGGCAGAUUUGUAUGAUUCGUCUCCGCAGAUCACAGAAAUGGGACAGAAAAAGAAAUGAAAGACUACGAAAAAACUAACUUGAUUUAAAUAAAAGUUCUUUAAAUUUUAUCACAAAUUUGUUUUUGUCUAACGCAUUUGAUGUUAU